GCGCGUUGGGGUGAGGAGCUCUCUGCGCGUCCUCUCCUCUGAGCAGAGGACAGAGCCGCCACCACGUUGUGCCAUGCGGAGGGGAAGGGCCCUGGGCGCCUGGGUGCUCCUCGCCAGCCUGGCCGUGGCCAGCUGGGGGGUCCAAGGACAGGAAGUAAUCGUGAAAGAAGCCAGCGGGAAGGUGUUCCUGCAAUGUAAAAUAAGCAGCAGUGGUCCAGUCAUAUGGCUGAAAGAUGAAAAAAUUAUAGGAAACGCAACACAGCUGGACUUGGGUGCCAUUUACAAUGAUCCCAGAGGCAUCUAUAGGUGUCAAAUACAAGGCGGAAAGACAAGCUCCCCCUUACAGGUGCACUAUCGAAUGUGCCAGAACUGCAUCGAAGUGGACGCUCCCACCAUCUCGGGGAUCGUGAUCGCGGAUGUUCUCGCCACCGUCUUCCUGGCAGUUGCCAUGUAUUGCAUCACUGGCCAGGACAAGGGACGCAUGUCACGAGCUUCUGACAGGCAGAACUUGAUUGCCAACGAGCAGCUCUACCAGCCCCUUGGCGAGCGGGACGACGGACAGUACAGCCGGCUGGCACCUGCCAAGGCCCGCAAGUGAAGCGGGAAGAUGCUGGAGCCUACGACUCCUUCACACCAGGAGUGAUAUUACAGCAAAGCCGCUGCCAGUGCCCAAGAGCGCCGAUGCCCUGCCCUGGCACUGCCUUCGUAAGCUCACUGCUGGCAGAAAACAGUGCGGGUUUUUGCCUGGAGAGCCCUCCAGCUCCUUGCCAGGAUGGGCUGCUUGUAGCACUCUGCUCUUUCCAUGACC